CCAGCCAGGCCGGAUCCUGCGGGCAGGGAGGUGUGGGGGCCGGUCCCAGCCCGGCCCUGCCCCCGCGGCGCUGCAGCCGCCAAUCGGGCCGCGAGGCUGCGGCGCGGCCUGGCCCGGAAGCCGGCGGCGGGGAGAGGGGCGCCGGCCUGCAGAGGCACCCUAGAAGCUGUCAGGAUUGGGGGGGGAAGGUUGCUGGCGUGGAGGUUUCAGCCCCCUAACUGCCCUGGAACCCUGCAGCCCAGUUGCCGAGCUACCCCAGGUGGGAGUUUGACCAGUGCCACCCAGAACACAUCUGGUGCUCUCUCCUGGCGACGCCAUGUGGCCUUUGCUGUGGAUGACUGUGCGGACCUACGCCCCUUACGUCACCUUCCCUGUGGCCUUUGUGGUGGGGGCGGUGGGCUACCACCUGGAGUGGUUCAUCCGUGGUGACUCCCCGCAGCCGGCCGAGGAGGAGAAGAGCAUCUCGGAGCGGCGGGAGGACAGGAAGCUGCAGGAGAUUGCGGGCAAGGACCUGACCGAGGUGGUGAGCCUCAAGGAGAAGCUGGAGUUCACCCCCAGGGCCGUGCUGAACAGGAACCGUCCAGAGAAGAGUUAACCAGGCUGCCCAGGCACCUCCAGGGUCCUCGGGGGUGUGAGCCCUGCCAGCCUGGCGUGACUGCUUCCCCCUUUCCUUUGGGUUGGAGCUGAGCACUCAGUCCAUCUGGCUGCAGGUCAGGACCCUGGGUCCCUUCGCCGGGCUCCUGGAGACUGUCCCAUCUCACCCAUGUGUUUUCAACCCCAAUCCACCAAUAUCUGGUUUGUGCUGGGCGUCUCCCCCCCCUCCCCCGGCGCUCGAGGGGGCUGCUUGUUGGAGUUUCCCACCCAUGGAUGGAGGAGGAGGCAUGGCCAAGGGGGCAGAGCUGGGCAGUCUUGGCCAUUGCUGCCCGAGUUCCUAAAGCACCCAGUCGCACAGCUAGGGAGAGGGAUGACGCUCCAGAGGCCGCGCAGCUCCUGGAGGAAAUGGCUGCACUCCCAGAGUGAACAGGCCCUCGAUGCUCGGCCCGCCCUGUCCCGGAUCCCUCUGGAUCUCCCUGGAUUCUGCAGGUUUCCCUUGCAUGGAAACAGCCAAGACUUGCAUCCUGUCCAGGUGGCGGAGCGUGGCUGCCUCUAGCCAGAGACCGGGGGUGCUGGAGGGUGUCCCCCCUGGGAACUGAAUUGCAUGGGGUCAGGAGUAGGGCAAGGAGGCUUGUACACUGCUCGCUUCCCUGUUCCUGGCUGGGAUUCCCCCUCACUUCUCAGGACCCCCAGAUUCACCCUCCGCAGCCUGAGGGCUCCAGCCCCCUUCGCUGUGGUGGGUGCUCCUGGCGUCGGACUGGCAGCUGGGCGAAGCAUGAGGGAAUCUGUAAUUUCCUGGCAGGCCAGAGACUGGUGGGGGUAGCUGGAAGUCAUUUCACCCUCCUGCCCUUGGCAGGGAGGUUUGGGUGCGUUGCUGUGGGGCCGAGGUUUGGGGAAUUAAAUGACCUUGCAGCUGUGAAGAACGAAGCCAGAUUAAACCAGCCUGAGAACUC